CGUGAAAAGAAACCACCACCACCGUCAAUUAGCAUGGCAAUAUUGGGAGCUCAACUGGUUAUAACACUGGUUGUGGUCAGUAUAAUACAAAAAUUCAAUGCACACCUGUCGUUUGCCAAAUGGAUAUUGUGUUCAACCGGUCUUUAUCGUUAUUUACAUCCCACCGAUGAUGAGCUGAGAACCAAGGCUGGGGUGCCCAAGGAAAAGCCGCAAAAAGGCGGUAAGGGCAAACACUAUCAAAAUGGUACAACCCACCACAAUCCCAAAGAGGGACAAUUUCAUAUACCGCGUAGCAUAGAAAUUGAUUUGGAAACAUCACCGGUAACGGCCAGAGAUGUGGUGCACUUGCGGUAUUAUACGGAAUAUCAAUGGCUAUUGGAUUUUAGUAUCUAUGCUGCAAUUGUUUAUAUUAUAUCAGAGGUCUAUCACUAUUUUAUUCCUUUGAAAAAUGAGGUUAAUCUUAGCAUGGUCUGGUGUUUGUUGGUGGUUUUCUUUGCUGUUAAAUUGUUAUCUUCUCUGACGGUGCUGUAUUUCCAAAGUGAAGACUCUAUUGGUGAACGUUCUAUGGUCAUUGUGGCCUGCUUGGUUUAUCUUCUAAUAGCCAUGAUUGUUCUCAUCAUUGAUGAAAGUAUAUUGGAAACUGGAUUGGAGGAUGCAUAUGCCAGUUUUAAUAGCAGUGCUUCGAAAUUUUUAAAUGAUCAGGGUAUACAAUCAAGUGGUCCAGCCUCCAAGCUCAUUGUCAAAUUAGUAAUGGCCGCCUGCUGCGCCAUCUUGGGUUCACUGUUCACUUUCCCCGGUUUGCGUAUGGCCAAAAUGCAUUGGGAUUCCUUGAAAUAUUGUGAAGAGAGUAAAGUUAAGAAAAUCUUGCUGAAUAUUAGUUUUGUAUUGCCAUUCAUUUUGGUGAUCUUGUGGAUACGGCCGGUUAGUCGGGAUUAUUUGACGGUGCGAGUGUUCCAGGGAAUGGAUGCGCCAUUAAUGAAGCCUCAUGUUUUUGAAACCUUACGUCUUAUCUUGGUUGUCCUUGCCGUUGUCUUAAGAAUCGCUUUAAUGCCAAUUUAUCUGCAAUCCUAUUUAAAUUUGGCCUAUGAUAAAAUUAUGGAUUUAAGAAAGGAAGCUGGUCGUAUUACAAAUGUGGAAUAUCAAAAGAAGAUUUCUUCCAUAUUCUAUUAUUUGUGUGUGGUGACACUACAAUUUGCCGCGCCCAUUAUUUUAUGUUUAUAUCUAACACUGAUGUACAAAAGUUUGGGUGGAUUUAGUUGGACGGGUUUGUUUAGUGAAACGGCGGUACUACAGCAUGAAUGUUCUGCAGAAUUGGAACCACCAGCAGCAACUGUAACAUCAGUUAUUAGUAGUCAAGACUUUUUGGAAGGUAGUGGUCUGGGCACCAGCCUUUUGACGGAAACCGAAACUGCCAACAAUGAAUUUAAUAUCAUGACAUCAGCACAAAAUCUGCACACCUCAUUGAUGAGUUUGAAAAAUGUCUUCACCACAGAAGUCUACAAGGGUAUUCUCGGCUUUGCCGCAUGGUGGAGUUAUUUCACAUUAUUUGCCAGCUCUUCCUUGGGUAUUGUUUAUCAAUCAUAUUUCAACAAGACCUAA